UGUUAGUAAAUACAGUAUUAAAUCAAUUAAUUUAAUUGAAUUUUAUUAAUAUAUUAAAAAUAAUAACCGAUUGAAACAAAUGUCAAUAUCAUUGGCCAAAACGUUUGCAUCAGUUUUGUCACGAAAUGUCACAAAAACAUAUCGAUGUCCACUCUCGAUGGUCAACACAUCCGUACGUUAUAUGACAACGAGUGGUCAAAAAUGGCAGAAAGUUGACGUCAAAGAAAUUGAUCCGAAGACUGAAUCCAAAGUCAAGUGUACUCUAAUCCCUGGCGAUGGUGUCGGACCUGAACUCAUGAUUUCUGUCAGAGAAAUAUUCUCCGCUAUUGGAGUUCCCAUUGAAUUUGAAGAACUGUUUCUUAGUGAGAUCUAUCCGUCGCUAUCAGUUCCCGUCGAUACAGUGAUUGAUUCAUUGCAGAGGAAUGGCAUUGCUUUGAAAGGUAUUUUGUCGACACCUUUCAGUUCAAGUGGUGGAGAAUUGCAAUCAUUGAAUAUGAAGAUUAGGAAACAAUUGGAUUUGUUUGCAAAUGUGGUUCACGUGAAGAGUUUGCCCGGAAUUAAGACUCGAUAUGAAAAUCUGGAUUUCUAUGUGAUUCGGGAACAAACAGAAGGCGAGUACAGCGCUCUCGAGCACGAGUCGGUGCCCGGAGUUAUUGAAUGUAUUAAGAUUGUCACCGAAGAAAAAUCUACACGAAUCGCCAAAUUUGCUUUUGAUUACGCAACUAAACAUCACCGCAAACGGGUCACUGUUGUCCAUAAGGCAAACAUUAUGAAGUUAGGUGACGGACUUUUUCUCAACACUUGUCAACAAAUUUCACAAUUGUAUCCAAAUAUUGAGUUUGAAUCUAUGAUUAUCGAUAACACGUGUAUGCAAUUGGUCUCAAAUCCCAAUCGUUUUGAUGUUAUGGUUAUGCCUAAUCUUUAUGGCAAUAUAAUUGAUAACUUGGCCUCAGGAUUGGUUGGCGGUGCCGGUAUAGUUCCCGGAGCAAGUUAUAGUUCUGAUUGUGUUAUUUACGAACCGGGAGCUCGACAUACGUUUGGAGAGGCUGUCGGCAAGAAUAUUGCAAACCCGACGGCUAUGUUAUUGUGUGCAAUCAAAAUGUUACGACACGUGAAUCUUCAUGAAUACGCCAAUCAAAUUCAAAACUCAUUGGAAAAAGUGAUCGCUUCGGGAAAAGUGAGAACAAGAGAUCUCGGAGGAUAUGCGUCGACUACUGAAUUCACACACGCAGUCAUUUCAAGCAUGACUUAAAUU